AUGAUAGAGGAGUUUCAAGCUGCAGGAGUUAGAGUAGAACCAAUGUUACAGUUUGCUGUACAUAGAGAAAUUACAAGUUCAUACCUGUACCCUCAACAACAGAGGAAACUAAAGGCACCGGUUAUGGAAACAUUGAAUACGUUUGUGCAGGAUUGUAAUGGAGUGAAAAAUAAGAUCUUUAUGCAGAAGCUUAUAAUGAACGAGCUUGUACCUAGACACCUUGUGACUGUUGAAGGGGAAGAUUUACGCCUACAAGGAAUACAGUGCCUUAUAAUUCACUAUCAAUCUGUUAUGAUGCAUAUAAAAGGGGACAGAACUCUGCUACAACCUUUACAAUCUCUUAUGAUGAACCCGCAAGCAUGUGUUAACAUGUUCCUUCCAACCAUGCCACAAGAUGACCUGGAGGACAUCAAAGAAGCUUUAUUAGCUGCUCGUCAGGCCAACGCUGGUGAAAAUCCCGUCUUCUACCGUUGUCCAAAUGGUCAUUCAUAUGUAAUUGGAAAU